AAUUACCCAAUGCGCAGUGUCCCGGGCCUCAAAGUGAACUGUCAAAACAAUCAAGCAUUGAAAAGUUGUUAAGUUUUUAAAUCUAAAUUGCCAUGAAAUUCAACAAAAACAAAAAGCCUGGAGGCAAAGGAGGUGGUGCCGGUGACCAACGUGGAGGCUCGAAAAAUAACAAGUUUUUCAAAAGAAACGACGACAACAAAUUCAAAUCAUACAAAAAGAAGGAUCAAAAAGGAUUUGCAGCGAAACACGACAAAAAUGGACAAAAACAAGGAUUCAAAAAGAAUUUCAAAAAAGAUGACAAGAAGAAACCCGUCUUUGCUGGUCGUCGCCCGGAAGAUAAAGGUGGAUACAAACAGUAUCAAAAUCCUCCAGACAAAGAUGAACAGAAAAAACUCGAUAGAAAACAGUUAUUAGAAAACAUGAAAACAAAUCAAAACUCUAAGCAAGUCCAAAAGCAAGGAAAUAACAAAAAUUUCCGAAAAAACAAUCAAAAUAAUAACAAAAACCACCAGAAAAAACCUUUUGAAAAUUCGAAAAGACCAAACCAGCAGAAAAAGCCUCAACAAGAUGACUCGGAUGAUGAUUCAGAAGACGAAACUCCAGUGAAUUAUUGCAUGGCACCGAAUUUGCUGGAGGAAAAGCUCAAAAAGAAAUCACAAAAACAGCAAAAGGAAAAGAAAGUCGAUAAACGUGAAGAGUAUCUCAAGCAAAAACAGAGACGAAAUGACAUUUUGAAACAGAAAACACGCAAAGGACAACCAGUAAUGGCUGGCAGAAUGCAAUUACUUUAUGAAAAAGUAGCGAAAGUCGUUGCCAAAGAAAACGAAGGUCGAUAACAAUGUUAAAUUUUUAUUUCAAAUUCAAAUAAAUUCUUUUAAAGUUGCAUUUUUGAGCAAUUCAAAAAUCUCUUUCAUGUCCAGAUUUUUGUCCUUUUUGAAAAUGUGGAGUAAACAACGAGCGAAUGCAAAUUUAGAUAUCAAAAGUGUGUAGUACGUUGCAUUAACAUCAAUUGCUCUACAAAAAAAAAUUAUUUUAAAAUUUCGAAAAAAAGAUAAUUUUUUAAUUUACCUUUCGCCACUCAUAAUCAUUUGUUUAAACAAAGCGUUAGUUUCAUUAUAGUCCGAGACAUUGGGUGAUGUGUAUCCGUCCACUAGCUCAUAAAGUGAUCGGAAUCCUUCUUCAUUUUGGAU